ACGGGGGAGGGGGCGUGCGGCCUCUGAACAGUGGGGACUGGGCGGGGCGGCCCAGUCCUCGCGAGAUUUCGGCCCUGAGGAGAGGCUGCGGCGGCUCAGCGGCGGGUGUGGGAUGCGCUCGGAGAAGGAGGGAGAGGUGGGCCCAGGGGUGGCCGUUACUACGCGGGGUCCGAGCGGGAAGGAGAAGCCGUCGCCCACAGAAAGCCACUUCCGCCGGGAGUCUCAGCGGCGGGAGCCUGAAGCGCCGGUAGCCUCCUCCUCCGGCUGUGGUGGCGGUGCAGUCAAACCUCGCGAGGAAAAGAGGACGGUCCUCAGCAAGGUGGUCAUCCGGCGGCUUCCUCCCAGCCUCACCAAGGAGCAGCUGGAAGAGCAGCUUCACCCGCUGCCCGCACAUGACUACUUCGGGCUCUUUACUGCUGAUCUCAGUCUUCAUCCUCAUCUCUAUUCAAGAGCGUACAUUAAUUUUAGAAAUCCUGAUGACAUCCUGCUUUUUAGAGAUCGUUUUGAUGGAUAUAUCUUCAUUGACAGUAAAGGCCUAGAAUAUCCUGCAGUGGUAGAAUUUGCUCCAUUCCAGAAGACAGCCAAAAAGAAGCUAAAGAAAAAAGACGCCCAAGCCGGAAGCAUUGAAGAUGAUCCAGAAUAUAAGAAGUUUUUAGAAACUUACUGUGUGGAGGAGGAGAAAACUAGUGCCAAUCCUGAAACUCUUCUGGGAGACAUAGAGGCAAAGACAAGAGAACUUAUUGCUAGAAGAACCACGCCUCUUUUGGAAUAUAUUAAAAAUAGAAAAUUAGAAAAGCAGAGAAUUCGAGAAGAAAAGCGAGAAGAACGGAGGAGGAGGGAGUUGGAAAGGAAACACUUAUGGGAAGAAGAGAUAAGAAGGAGAAGGGAAGAAGAGAUAAGAAGGAGAAGGGAAGAGGAGAAAUGUAAGAGGAAAGCAGCAGAAAAACAGAAGAAAACUGCUGAGAAAGAAGUAAGGAUGAAGCUUCUCAAGAAAUCAGAAAAGGGAGAGGAGUCAAGCACUGAGAAGCCAAAAGAAAGAGGAGAGGAAAUUGACACCAGAGAUGGGAAACAGGAACCCGGUCCCAGCUGUGUAGUCAUGAAGCCCAAGACCUUGGAGAGCUCGCUGGAGGAACUCAGGGAAAAGUCACAAAAUGACAGUGAUAAAGAGCAAAGGGACAUGGAGAGAAGAUUCCGAGAAAAAGAACUUGAAGCACAAAGAUACCACUUGGAUGACAGCAGAAAACAUAGAGCUCACCAUGAGUUGGAUAAGUUUUCAGGAAGAAGCGCAGAAGAGCUGAAAAGGGGGAAAGGAUUCACCCCAGACCGAGGGAAGAAGGGGAGCCAGGAUGGGGGCGGCCCUGUGGGGGCAGCAGAGACACCAGGAAGGGAGAAGAGUGAAGGUGGGCUGGCAGCCGAGAAGGAGCGCACGGGAAGCAAGGACCGACCAGGCUUGCAGCUGUACCAGCCCAGAGGUGGCAUCCGAGCCCGUGAAUGUGAUGGAAGAUCCCCUGAGGAGGGCCGUGACAGGAGGAGGGGUGAGGUGGAAGAUUCAACAGGGGCUGGAGCUGAGAAGAGCAAAGAGGCAGAGUGAGUCAAUGUGCAUGUUGGUGACGUGGGUGGUCUCCCACCCACACUCUGUGGAUUAGAGAGGGCAUUCCUUCUGGAAGUGCAUAAAUUAGCCUGGAAUAAAACCGACAAGGUGAAUUUACUCCUUAUAGAGAAACUAGAACUAUAAAGGUGGCGUAGAAAUACCUAGAAACCAUUCUCAAGCGAUCUUUUAAAACUUUGAACAGAGUUAUAGAUUUUGCCAUUUCUGAUAUAAACUAGUAUAUAUAAUUUAGCCAAAGCAGAAGAAAAAUAAUCUCCUUCAGAAAGCAGAAAAGUAUGACCAAAACCAGAAGAAAGCUAUUAUUGUAUCAGUGUGAAUUCUGAAGCACUUUAAACAUGUUGUAGGAAUAACUUGGACUUUCAGUUUUACACAUUUUUAAGUCAGUUAUCUGUAUCUCAUUGUGCUUUUUGUUGGUUUUCUGUGAGCUGUAGUUUCUGGAAAGUGAGCAGCUCUCAUUUCUUAUAACCAUUGUAAUUCAGUCAUUCAUGCACCUUCUGUCAUAAGGAUUAGCUGAAGUCUGUUGUGCUGUAUUCCCUCUGAUAGGAACUUUAACACUGUAUAAAGCCCAACAGCUUUAAUUGUUGCCCUUUUAACAAUAUGGCCACUGAAUUAACAAAAAUAGUUCCAGUCUUUUGAUGGCGUGCUCGUGGUUUAUAACAUAAAUGGCAUUAUUUUAGAGAGGAAUAAUUAGGUAUCGCAUCUGGAGUUUUUCUUUUUGCAGUCUGAGGCAGUUUUAUGAUAACUUAAUGUAGCUUUCUGCAGCUGUGCAUUCUACAGUAUUUUUUCCUUUUAGUGAAAUUUUUAAAUGUUAAUGCUUUUGGCACUGUGCUUUGAACCAUUUAUUAAAUAAAAAUUUUGGUUGCUAUGAAUUUGAACUCCAGUUAUGGUACUUUUCCUAUAUAGAAUUAUAUGUAACAAAAUACUGCUUUUUAAAAUGCAGCUUUAAUCA